UCGUAAUAUUUACACGUCGUGAUAAUUUCUACUUAAUUAAAAACAAAAGAACAAAAUUGUUAAAAAUUGAAUAUUCUUAGCUAUUUGUAGACAUGGCCGAUCGCUUGACACAGCUGCAGGAUGCAGUUAAUCAGAUGGGAGAACAUUUCUGUAAUAGUGUCGGAAUAUUACAACAGUGUGCGCCUCCAUCUCCGUUUCAGAACUUUGAUAAAUUAGGAGGCAAGUCACCAGUUCCCCCACCUCCACAGGAAGAUUACGCUGCUAUGUUUUCCAAAUUAAUCGCUAGAACAGCCAAAGACAUUGACGUCCUUAUAGACUCAUUACCAAGUGUGGAAUCUUCACAAGAAUUGCAACUGAAAAGUUUACAAGUUUUAGAAAUUGAAAAUCAGGAUGCAGCCAAAAAUUUGGAGGAAAUUGUGAAACAAGGAGAGCAUUUGCUACAACAAAUUCAAGAAGCUCAACAUGAUAUUGCUCAAGUACAAUUACAAUGUCAGGCUCUAAUGGGAAAUCCAACUUGAUACAAGUACCUGAGAGCAGAGUGUGAUAUAUUAUAUCUUCUGUCGACAGCGUGGAACUUGGAUAUUUUCUGUCAAGACUCAAGUUUAUGGAAUGUGUUUUUGAUUCUGAAAACUGCAUUACACUGAUGAAUAUAUUCUAAAAAGUAAACUAUUGAAUGGUUUUAAGACAUCAACAGUUUAAGGUUCUCGAAACAUUAAAGUUAACAAACAUUUAUCAUGACUUAAGAAAACAGCAACAUUCUAUGUGAACAUGACUGCAACAUUUUCAGCUAUGAAUACUUAAGACUUUAACUCUCCCGGAUGUGUUAUGAUAAGGAGAUUGUAUUUGACUAACAACAUACAGUGAACUGUGUAUUGUUUUGUUUUCGUGUCUAUAUCAUUACAAAUGUAUAUGCAUUGACAAUUAGAAUUACCAUAAUGAUACCAGAAAUAAAAUUGCUGUAAAGUCGUAUAUAAGUAUUCAUUAUAAUGAUACCAGAAAUAAAAUUGCUGUAAAGCCGUAUAUAA